CGGUCGGCGCUGCAGUGUUGGAAGUGGCUGAGGGGAGAGGAUGAGGCGGUGAUGGAGGCGCCUCCGCGGGGCUCUUAAGGCCUCCGUUUCCUUGGCCAUGGGGCUGGGCUCCAGCUCCGAAGGGGCCCCCGACGGCGGCUCCGAGGGCUAUCACGUCCAUGGGGUCCAAGAAAACUCGCCGGCUCAGCAGGCUGGAUUGGAGCCAUUCUUUGAUUUCAUUUUGACAAUAGGACACACUAGACUGAAUAAAGAAGGUGACACCCUGAAAGAUCUGCUGAAAGCCAAUGUGGAGAAGGCUGUGAAGCUGGAGGUCUAUAACAUCAAAAUGAUGAAAGUGCGUGAGGUGGAGGUGAUUCCUAGCAACAUGUGGGGAGGGCAAGGCCUUCUGGGAGCCAGCGUGAGGUUCUGCAGUUUCCAGGGUGCCAAUGAGCACGUUUGGCAUGUGCUGGAUGUGGAGCCAAGUUCGCCAGCAGCAUUAGCUGGCCUGAGGCCAUACACAGACUACAUUGUUGGAUCGGAUCAGAUACUGCAGGAGUCAGAAGAUUUCUUCUCCCUGAUUGAGUCCCAUGAGGGCAAGCCCUUGAAGCUGAUGGUCUACAACACGGAAACAGAUUCCUGUCGAGAGAUUUUUGUCACCCCAAAUGGAGCCUGGGGUGGAGAAGGAAGUUUAGGGUGUGGCAUUGGAUACGGCUAUUUGCACAGAAUCCCAACACAGCCUGCUGUGCCAAAGAAAAAAACAGAAGCUGGUGCCUCUUCCCCUUUGCCUACAGAGGACAUGCCUGCAGAACCCCCGUCCAAUGGCUAUAGAGAGGCCCCUCUGUUGGCGGCUAACUCCCAGAGUGAAGAAUCCACAAACCUAGAUCACAGUACCACUCAAAGUGUGAAUGUGCAUCCAGUAGAAAAUUCUCUUCAUCCACCUCCUCCUGUCCAGAGAGUCAUGGAUCCAGGUUUUAUAGAUAUGUCUGAUGCUUCUUUUCCUGAAUUAAUUGACUUAGUGAAAACAAUCAAUGUGCCUUCUUCUUCUGCUCCUUUGAACUUAACAAACACUCUGACAACAAGUGACAGCUCAAUAACCCACAGUGGAGCACAUCCAUAUUUUGUUUCAGAAGAUUCAGUAUCUUAUCCAGAGGGUGUGUGUUCUCCGUCGGAGUUACAGGAAGGAAUGCGUUUGGAUUCUUCUGUAUCAUCUCUUCCUAAGAAUGUCUCCAUAAAUGCCCCAUCUAAACUUGAUGACGGUGCUCAAGAAACUGAUUUGCUCCCAGAUGGGACUGAAAGUUCCCCGUUGUCCAAAACAUUACAAUGUGACAAUGAUGAUGGAAGGGUUGAGGGACUGACAGAAGAAACUUCAUAUCCCUCAAAGUGAGGCCCUGCCUCAUGCUUUAAGCAUACCAGAACCUACAAAGCUGAUCCUGGGAUGCCCAAAGAAUUCAUCACAGCAAAAUCCAAGGUGCCUCCACUAGCAUUGCCCUAACAGGUCACCACUGGUUGUUGGGACAUAGGCAAUAAUACUGACAGUUUGAGAAAGAAGUUUUUAGAUAAAGUGGUGUUUUAUAGGAAUUUUGUCUUGAUCCUAUAAACAACUACCUAGAUGGCUAGCAGUAGGAAGCACACCAAGCUCUUAAUUUCAGUUGAGCUCUUCAUCUCGUUGUUUUAAUUCUAACCAUUCCUGCAUCCCUGAGUUAAACAGAAAUGGUUUUAUUUUUUAAUCAUUUUAUUUAAUUCCGCAAAAGUAAUUCUUAUAACUUGACCUCGUGUUCUGGACACUGAGGUAGAACCUGAUUCAUAAUGGAAAAAACAUAUUGAAAUGUUCUUUUGGAUGCUUAGGACAUGGUCCAGGCCUGUACACCCACACUGUUAAUAUUUAACAGAUAGGUGGGUGUGUUUCAUGCAAUUAUGUGGAUUAAGAUCAUGUAACAUCUGCCUCACCCUUGCAGACCUCACUUUCACAUCUGAAUGUGCUACAGACACAAGCAGUUCUGGCAGGGAAUAGCUGUGCACAAGAUAGACUGGAUCAUGCCCUUAGACUGAACUGUACUUUCAAACAACAAACAGCUAUUUACUCUCCUGUACAACUGCUUGCUUCUUGAAGCAGAAAUAUACUUUAUCGACAACAGAAAACUUCCUUAGGAAGAGUAGUUUAAAGGUGCAAAUACUUUAGCAAUUUAGUUUUUAUAUUUACCUUUUAAUUGGGAAUGUGCGUUACUCAAACGGUUCUCCUGAGCCUUUGUCCACCACUUAAGGCUGAGAUUAUAAGGACAUAGCUGAUGAAAUAAGUUAACAUUUCAUUAACCUCCUUGAAAAAUCAGAUGUCUGUGUUCAUUUGAGGUGUAUGCUGAUGAGAAAACAAGCCACUGCAUUUCUCAAAGGAGGUGGCUGGUCUCUCUUUGACCUUUGGCACUACUGAAAGUGAACAUGUUUUCUUUCAACAUGAAUUCGUUUAGCACAGCUAAUGCAUAUUCUGAAAUGGGUUUUAUAAAUCACUAGUUUCACAGGUUCUGUUUCCUGGAAGAUUGGAAAUAAAUACUUUUAAGGGUUUAAA